GUUCACAUCUUCAAGUCAUACGAGAUUGUUCCCUUUCUUUUCCCCCGAAAAUACCCUCUGAAUCGUAAUUAUGUUUCAUUUCGCAUUCCUGUUGUGCGUUUCCAUUCCGAUCGUCCUGGGAAACGUCCCGUACCAGCCCUACUACGACGACAGCUUGUAUCAAUAUCCAAGCUACCCAGAUGCUGAAUUGCAAUCUCCUAACUUGAUACACGAUAGCCGCCUUUUCUGGUCUUUAUUCACGACCACAACAACAACGACAACAACCACAACGACCACUUGUACGGUAUUCACUAACGCACUUUGCAAUAUGGGCCGUCGCAGACGAUUCCUCGAAGACGGUUCCAUCGAUCCUUCUCCAGUUAACAAAGUUGAGACUACACACCUUGCCGAGAUGGAGCCUUCGUCCAGGAAAGAACGCAAAGCUGAUCCGCAAAUGGCCAUCUGGCGCCGAUACCCCGACUAUGUGAUGCCUCAGUCAACAUUCGGCUAUCGAUACUUCCCUGCAGACUAUUACAAUCCAUUUGUUCGCCAGCCGGUGAUUGUAGCCGAUCCACGCCUCUUUUUGCGCGUAACAAGCACGUCGACAUCGACGACCACGACCACUUCCAGAUCGACGCCCAUUUGCUCGCAAGCAAGCGGCUUCAAUGCUUGCUAGGAUUGUAAUCUGUCUUUGCUCUUCUUCAUCAUGGUGGGCAUAGGCCUUAAUCAGCCACCAGUUUCUAUUCAGGCGUUGAUGGACGACUAUGUUCGUAAUUGAAUAAAGAAGGGAAUAUUAAUACUUUGUUCUGUAAGAUGUUAAUACACUACCCAAAUCCAUGUAGGGUCCUUUCAAUCAA